ACAGCUUUGCCGCUAUUCCAGCAUAUUCGCAGCGAAACAGCCACACUGCUCCCCAUAACUUAUAUUCAUUGCAAUUAAUUUCACUUAAAUUCCUACGUGUCUCGUUUAAGUUGGUAUUAUGGUCGACAAUUUAGAGCCACUGGAGCCCAGUUUGCAGAAUCUCGUCGAUCAGGACUCGCUGAAAUGGAUCUUCGUAGGCGGCAAAGGCGGUGUGGGCAAGACAACCUGCAGCUCCAGCCUUGCCGUUCAGCUGUCGAAAGUGCGUGAAUCAGUGCUGAUUAUAUCCACAGAUCCGGCGCACAACAUAUCGGAUGCAUUCGACCAAAAGUUCACCAAGGUGCCCACAAAGGUAAAUGGGUUCGACAACCUGUUCGCCAUGGAAAUCGAUCCAAAUGCUGGACUUAACGAGCUACCCGACGAAUAUUUCGAGGGAGACAACGAGGCGCUACGCGUAAGCAAGGGCGUCAUGCAGGAGAUGAUCAAUUCCCUGCCCGGCAUUGAUGAGGCAAUGAGUUACGCGGAGGUAAUGAAGCUGGUCAAGGGCAUGAACUUUUCUGUGGUGGUGUUUGAUACGGCGCCCACGGGACACACUCUGCGACUGAUUGCAUUCCCCCAAGUAGUGGAGAAGGGAUUGGGAAAACUGCUGCGGCUUAAGAUGAAGGUUGCGCCGCUGCUUACACAGUUCGCCUCCAUGCUGGGCAUGGCCGAUGUGAACGCAGACACGCUUUCCCAGAAACUCGACGACAUGCUGCGUAUUAUCACCCAGGUCAACGAACAGUUUAAGAAUCCAGAUCAAACCACUUUCGUCUGCGUCUGCAUAGCUGAAUUUUUCUCACUGUAUGAGACAGAACGCCUAGUUCAAGAGCUAACGAAGUGCGGCAUUGACGUACACAACAUCAUAGUGAAUCAGUUGCUUUUCCUGCAAAACUCGCACGACUCCUGUAGCAUGUGCGCCUCCCGCUUCAAGAUUCAGGAGAAGUACCUGGAUCAGAUUGCUGACCUUUAUGAAGACUUCCACGUGACUAAGUUGCCGUUGCUCGAGAAGGAGGUACGCGGUCCAGCUAGCAUUCGUUCCUUCUCCGAGAACCUUAUGAAGCCUUACGAACCGAAGGAAAAACCCAAGGAGUAGGUUAGCCCGUCCAACCCUAUCCAACCGUUGUAAGUUUCCUUUCCAUUACUUUGUUCGAAGUGCGUGAAAUAAAUUUUCGUUAAAAAAACGA